AGAAGCGGAGGCGGCGUGGAAGGGGGAGAGUGCGCUGCAUUGCGAUGGCGCCGGUCCUGGUGGUGCUGCUCCUGUCUGCCUGCAGUGCCCAGGCUGCGAUGGAUUCCUGCUACGAGCCGGCCACAGGGACAGCGCAGAGGUGUAUGCCGGAGUUCUGCAAUGCUGCUUUCGGCAGGACGGUCCUGGCCAGCCAUGUGUGCGGCUCUCCGGGGCCGGAGGAGUUCUGCCUGCAGACCGGGGUGACGGGGGUCACCAAAUCCUGCCACCUCUGUGAUGCCCACAGCAGCCACAAUGCCAGCCUCCUGAAUGACUUCCACAGUGAAGAGGAGCCCACUUGGUGGCAGAGUCCGUCUAUGCUGCACGGAGUCCAGUUCCCCAACUCUGUCAACCUGACCCUGCAUCUGGGCAAGUCGUUUGAGAUUACCUACAUCCGGCUGAAGUUUCACACCAGCAGGCCUGAGAGCUUUGCUAUCUACAAGAGGACCCAUGAGGAUGCCCCCUGGACUCCCUACCAGUAUUACAGCGCCUCCUGUCAGCAGACAUACGGCCAAUCCACCGGGACCUUCCUGAGGGCAGGGGAUGAGGAGCGGGUCCCGUUCUGCACUGACGAGUUCAGCGAUAUCUCCCCCCUGACAGGGGGGAACGUGGCUUUCUCCACCCUGGAGGGGAGGCCCAGUGCGUACAGCUUUGACUCCAGCCCUGUGCUGCAGGACUGGGUAACAGCCACCGAUCUGCUCAUUUCCCUGAACCGACUGAACACCUUUGGAGACGACAUCUUCCGGGAUCACCGGGUGCUCCGUUCCUAUUAUUACGCCAUCUCCGACUUAUCAAUCGGUGGCAGGUGUAAAUGUAAUGGCCAUGCCAGUGAGUGUGUGACCAACGAGCAGGGCAGGCUGGUGUGUGACUGUCAGCACAACACAUCGGGCGUAGACUGUGAGAGGUGCCAACCCUUCUACCACGACCGGCCCUGGGCACGGGCAACUGCUGAGGCAGCCAACGAAUGUCUCCCCUGUAACUGCAGUGGGAAAUCGGAGCAGUGCAUCUUCAACAUGGAACUGUACCGCCGGACUGGCCAUGGCGGGCAGUGCCUGAACUGCAGGGAUUACACAGCAGGAUCCCACUGCGAGACGUGCAAGGAGAACUUCCACAGGAGUACUGCUGAUGAGAUGUGCCAGCCGUGUAACUGCAGCGUUGUGGGGUCACUGAGUUUACAAUGUGACCACGAUGGAGAUUGUGUCUGUAAAGCAACUAUCACGGGGAAGAAAUGUGACCAGUGCCAAAAGGGCUAUCACUCUCUGUCGGAGGGAGGUUGCAGAAAGUGUGGGUGUCAUCCUGAAGGCAGUAUUGGUGAUUGUGAUCCGACCAACGGAGAGUGUACCUGCAAGCGGAAUGUAGAGGGAGCCCUGUGCCACAGAUGCAAGUCAGGAACGUUCAAUCUACAACCUCACAACUCUGACGGCUGCAGGCACUGCUUCUGUUACAGUCACUCCGCAGCCUGUACAUCAGCCUCCCACUUUGCUGUUCAUCACAUCGUCUCCAGCUUUCAACAAGACCCAGAUGGUUGGCGGAGACAGAGCCUGGAUGGAGAGGAGUCCUCAGUCUCCUGGGAGAAGGGUCGGAUUAGUCUGAUUCCAGAAGAUGGGGAAUGGGAAUAUUUUGUUGCACCGGCCAAGUUUCUGGGGAACCAGCUGCUCAGCUACGGCCAGAACCUCUCUCUGCUUCUGCACGUAGAAAGUGAGGAUCUUCCCUCCUUCACCAUAGUUCUGGAAGGUUCCGGAAUCCAGGUCUCUGCUUCAGUUUCCCCAACGGUGCCGAACGAGACAUUGCCCUGGGAAUGGGCAGUUAACGUCACACUGCACGAGGUACAGGCUGGCAUCCAACGUGAAACGGUCUCCAGUUUCCAGUUUCAGCAGCUGCUCUCCAACCUCACUGCUCUGAAACUGGGUAGCAACAGGAGCAUUCCGAUCCACCUAAUGGAUGUUGCCCUGGUAACAGCACAGGCCGGCCUAUCGCCCCGCGCAACCUGGGUGGAGGAGUGUGUGUGUCCCGAAGGCUACAUCGGACAGUUCUGUGAGGCGUGUGCCCCGGGUUACAAGCGGGAGAUACUAUUUGGAGGGCCACUCAGCCCCUGUGUGGCCUGUACCUGUAACCAACAUGGAAGCUGUGAGCCGGAAUCAGGUAUUUGCCAGUGUGUACACAACACUGUCGGACCGUCCUGUGAGUACUGUGCGAGUGGUUACUAUGGCAACCCCUUCCGCGGCAGAUACAACGAUUGUAAGCCGUGCCCAUGCCCGGCUCAGUCUAACUGCACCGUGUUGGAAGAGAGAAAUGAGGUGGUCUGUACGGAUUGUCCAGAUGGACAGACAGGCAUGCGUUGUGAAACGUGUGACGAUGGUUUCUAUGGUGACCCACUGGGCCUUUGGCAGGGGUAUGUCCGCCCAUGCAGCCGGUGUCAGUGUAACGGGAAUACCGAUCCGAACGCCGUGGGGAACUGCAAUCCGGUAACAGGACAGUGUCUGAAAUGCUUGUUCCACACAGUGGGCCAUUACUGCGAUACGUGUGAGGACGGAUUCUAUGGCAAUGCUCUGGCCCCCAGCCCAGCUGGAAAGUGCCAACCAUGCGCCUGUGAUCCCAUUGGCUCAACCAAUGGGCUUCAGACCUGUGACCCUGGGCGUGGCCAGUGUGAGUGUCUGCCCCACGUGAUUGGCCGAGAUUGCAGCCGAUGCGAGCCUGGUUACUAUGACUUGCGACCCACAGUGGGGUGCCUCAGCUGUGCCUGCCACCCCCUGGGAUCACGGAACAGUUUCUGCCAGGGACAGACUGGGCAGUGUAACUGCCGGCCUGGUGUUGGAGGCCGGGCAUGUGAUCGAUGCCAACGGGGUUACUUUGACCUCUCAGAGUGGGGCUGUCAAGCGUGUGACUGCUCUCCCCUGGGAUCCGUGGGGAUGCAGUGCCUGGGGGACGGCUCCUGUCUGUGUAAGACUGGCUUCGUGGGAAGGAAGUGUGAACAGUGCCAGGAGAAUUAUUACUACGAGGCUUCGACCUUUCACUGCCAGCUGUGCCCGACCUGCUACAACCUGGUUCAACUUGAGGUGGAGCAGCUGAAACACCGGAUCCGGGAGCUGGGUGAGGCCCUGACCAGGUUCAGCCAUGACCCUGAGCAGCUGUACCAGCUCUACACCAAUCACCUCCAGUCAUCCCUACAGGACAUGGAGGCACAGGCCGUGCAGGGGUCUGGGGCUCACUCUGUGGAGCUCGUGGGUGAGGUCGAGAUGACUCUGGCCCGAAUUGGACAGGAGCUGAGUAACAUCAGUCGCAGUCUGGACUGUGAGGGCAGUGAGCUGAAACGCUGCAUUGUGGUAGCUGCCAGCAAGAGGAUUGUCCAGAAUACCCUGACCCAGCUCCAGGCAACGAGAGACAUCCUCAACACCAAGAUGCCGUGGUUGAUUCAUCGCUCCCCCAGUGAGGAAGGGCGGAACUGGACAGGACUGGUUAAGGAGUCUCGUUCUCUCGCAGAAAGCCAGGUCAGAACCGCGAUGGAGGUCGAGUCAAUAGUGAGAGAUGCCUUGGCUACCUCGAACCAAAGCUACAUCCUCCUGACGGGCAUCAUCCAGGACGACUCCAUAGCCGCUGACAUCAUGGAGGCCGAGCAGAGCCUCCAGUCCCUGCAGAGUCAGAUGGAGGAGCUGGCCGAGGAAGCGGACAAGGCGCUGAAGGAGGCCAAGAGGUUGUACGUGUCUACCCAUCCAACCCGGGGGGCAAACCUCACUCUGCCUCCAAGCCUCACCGAGCCCCAGCCUGAGGGCUGGAACAAUUUCACAGCCGAAAUUGAGAAUUUGGAAAGUGCUCUUCAGGUCAAAGACCAGCAAAUUGAGAAGCUGCUUCUGGAGGUGGAACCCCGAGUUAAGGCCUUCCAGAUGGGAAUGGAAACCAAGGAGAUGUACGACGAGCUUCUGAGUCGUGUUAAAUCUUCCAGGGCCACUGCGAGAGCAUCAGUUCAGAAAGUCAAACAGAUCAAAGAGGAGGGAAUCUCUCUGCUGAAAAUCUUGGAAGACAAUAAGACACCAGCUGGCAAGCUCCGAGGUAAAGGGAGUUUGCGGAAGAUGGGUGCGAUCAAGGGGAAGGUGAUGCCAGAGGCCAAGAGGAAGACCGCACUCGCCCGGAGAAUAUUGCGAGUUGCUGGCUCCAGUUCUACCAUCAGUAAUACCACCGCCAGCCGGGCUUGGCACAUCAACCAAGGCAUCGCAAAGGAGGCCCAAAAGCUCAGGAGACGAGCCCAGGACCAGGCCACGCAAUCAGGCUCACUCCGCACUCGGCUGGACAUCACGCAGGGUCAGCUGGCCACCCAGGAGGAGCAGGCCGCAGCCUUCAAGGUGAAACUUCAGGAGGACGGCACAACAGCAGCCAAGGUCCUUCAUGAAACACUGGCCAUGGGCAAGGAGGUGAAGAAAGCCAGACAGUCCCUCGAUCGUGACCUGAAGCAAUUAACUGAGUUACUGAAGACAGUCGAGAGCCUUCAGGUUGACCAGGUGACGGAGGAAAUGCUGAAUACAACCAAGGCCGAGAUGGGAGCCCUGAGGUGGGUGAUCGAUCAGACCCUGGACCAGAAGCUGCGGGAGCUGGAGGCUGCCUCCGACUUACAGAUCCUGAAGAUGAAAUCAAUCGAAAAGGACAUGGAGGACAUUGAGGCAGAGAAGCUUAGCCUGGAGGACAUCGUUGAGAACCUGCCUCAUGGCUGUUAUAACCGAGUGGGAUACUAGAGGGGGAAGGCAGGCUGGAGAAGAGAGAGGCGUUCACUCUAGGUGUCUUUGUGUAAUUAUCUCGAGAUGGUUGCCGUUGACAACGUAGUAAUUUGAUUGGGCAUUUAAUCCCCUUUGACCCAUUUUACUCCAUUCUCCUAGCCUCUUAUAGCUUGAACUGGGUCAAGAACUGGGUUUCACCCUCCAGUAUAUCAUUGACCGUACCUCCCUCAUGUUUGUUGGACAACGUGGUGCCAUUGGGACAAUGAUGGCAUCUCAUUGUUCACACACAGCCCACCUGGAGCCUAGACUCCAUGGACUCUGGAUCCAUUGUGGUCCGCCAGACUGCCCUUUCAUCAACUGAGUGGCGAGUGAGCCGCGCCUGUGUUGGUCAGAGAGCCAUGUUGACCAGACUGAGGAAGGCUGGCAGAUUGCCAGACUCGAAAGGCCAUUAAAGAACCAGAUGGGGUUUCACAGUCUCCCUGACUGAGAGAUGCUUUUUAUUUUAUAUACCCAGAAGUCCUAUUGUACAGAACAACGGCUUUCCCACCACCCAGUCACCAUGACUUUUUUUGUUUUUGAAUCUUUCUUUAAUCACAACUGAAUGACCUUCCACCACCAAA